AUGAAUAACAGAGGUUAUGACCAUUUGUUUAAACUUGUUAUUAUUGGAAAUAGUGGAGUUGGUAAGUCAUCUCUACUUAUAAGAUACGCUGAUGAUAAAUUUAGUGAAAAUUAUAUCUCCACUAUUGGAGUUGACUUUAAAUUUAAAACCUUUCAAUUAGAUGGCAAAGGCUUAAAGUUAUAGAUUUGGGAUACUGCUGGUUAAGAAAGGUUUAGAACGAUUACAAAUUCAUAUUAUAAAGGAGCUGAUGCCAUUGUACUUGUAUAUGAUACUACUUGCUUAUAAUCAUUUGAGGAAAUUGAAAAAUCUUGGUUAGACGAAAUAUACAAGCAUGCAGGCAGGAAUACAACCAUUCUUUUGAUUGGAAAUAAAAGUGAUUUACCCAAUAAAACUGUUUCAACAGAGAGGGCUCAAGUUUAUGCAAAAGAGAAACUUAUGUUAUUCAAAGAAGCAAGUGCUAAAACAUCACUUGGUGUCAAUUAAGCAUUUGAAGAGCUUUCAAGGUUACUAAUAAUUAAGAAAAACUUGGAAGUAGAAGAAAAAAAAUUAAAAAGAAAUUAAAAAAAAAAUAUAACUAAAUUAGAUUUUGAUAAGAAAGAAUCUUACGAGACUCAAAAUGAACCAAAAGAAAAUAUUAAUUUAUGGUUAAGACCUAAACCCAAAUAAGAAGAUAGAAUAUAAUAAUAAUAAUGUAAUUGUUGA